UCAAUGCAUAUACAUAUAAAUAAAGUCAUUUAUAUCUUUGAUAUGUUUAUAUCUAAAAAUAUGUUGGUAUAAUAUUUACUCUAACUGAAAAGGGAAGACAGUUUUUUAAGUAUUUGUAUUUUAUAAAACACUUCGAAGUCAUUUCAGCAAUAUAAAUAUUUUAUUAUUUAGUAACUAUAUGAUAUAGUAAAUAAUAUUUCAUUUAAGAACAGGAAAAGAUUCUUUUGUAAUAAACUCAAAACUUUAAAGAAAAUGUGGUAAAUUGGUGUAAAAAUUAAUCAAAUAGUAUAGUUAAAAAUGUUUUCACCAAUAAGAUUAAUCAAUAACACUAAUUUAUCAAAACAUCAUUUGGAAUAUGGUACUAUAUUGCAAGAAGCACUAUUUAUUCACUUUGAUAAACCAUAUAAGGCUCCAGACAUGCCAUUAUUGUUGAAGCAAGAAAAUGAUACAAUUGAUAAGUAUUUUUGUCAACAAUGUGGUGACUCUUUUUACCAUGCCGCAAGUUUAGAAGAACAUUUAUCAAGAGGAAGUUGGAUUUUAGGAUAUUGGUGUACAAAUUGUUUUAAGGAAUGCGAGCAUUUACCUGGACAACAGCAAUAUUGCUAUAAGUGCAUAAAAUUACAGCAUCAAAAAUAUAAAGCAUUACAAAAUAGAGGAUUAAAUAGAGAUAUUGAUCCUGGAAUUGUCAAAAUAUUUUUUAAUCCUUGUCAGUUAUUACAACACAUGAAAAUACACAGAAUGGAAGAAAUAUAUAUUCACCAACUUAUGUUAUUACCAUUCCCAACAGGCAUUAGCAUAGAAUAUUUUCCACAUUUGAAAAUGAUUAGUGAGGCUUUAAUAGAUUUUAUGUUUUUAAAAAAUAUCCACAUCGUUGAUUGGCUGUGGCAAAAUAAAAUUCAUAAAUGGUGGAGAAUGGCAAAAGGAGAUAAUCCGAUAGCAAAUAUAAUUAAGAAAUACCCUUUUGAAGUACAACAAAUUAAGCAACUUUUAAACAGCAAUAUCAAAGUAAUUUUGAAUAAUAGAUUAGAUUUAAAAAAAAAACAUAGUAAAAAGAACAUAAUAAAAAAAAAAUCUACGAUUUCGAAUUGCAUUUAUUAUAAAAUGUCUACCUCUACAUCAGACAUUAAUAUUGUUAAAUUUAUAGAAUCAUCAGAGUUAUCAAAUUUAAGAAUACGUCAGUUUCCUUUAAUAGAACAAAAUAACACUGCUCUAUCUCCUACCGAAAAAAAUUCGCAAAAUAUUAACUUAUUUCCCAAAGUUUCGAAAGAUAACGUUUUUGAUCGAAAAUCCUCAAACAUUUCUCAAUCCUCAUUAAUAGAAAAUUUUACAGAUAACCGAACUUUACAUUAUAAUCAAAUAUAUUCAAAUAAAAGAACUUCAACAUCAAUAUGCAAUAUACCGGCGAAAAUUUCUGCAAAUAUACCUUCAGUUAAAAGUUCUGAUUUAUCGGAUAAAGUAAGAAACAAUAGAAUAAUUUUUAUAGAAAGAAGUGAUCAGGUAAACAUUGACCCCUUUCAUUCACAUACUAAGCAUAAAAAAAACUCCCAAAAAUUAAGCAUUAUAAGAUCGGAUAAAGUACAAUUUUUAAAAAAAUCUAAGACCAUUCAGUUUCAUAACUUACAUCAAUCUGAUUCAUUGAUACCACACUCAAAAUACACAAAAAAUGAAAUUAUCACUGAUAUUAUUCGAUCAACCAAUGAAUCAGAUUCUAUAGCACUUCCACAAAAACAAGUUCUUAAAUUCUGUCCAAAUGUAGAUUUUCAAAAUCAUAAAAGUUGCAGUGUAGUCUCUGAAAACAAUGAUAUACAGGAAAUACCGAAAGAAAAUAUUCCCGAUAUUCCUAGUACUAAUAUUCCUAGUAGACCUUCAUCCAUUAUUAUCAAAAAACAGGAAAAAAUAAUGUCAAAAUCUGAAGAUAAUGUAGAUUUACGUGCGGAUGUUUCAACGAAACUGAUACUUGAAAAGCUUUUUAAAAAAAAGGAUUUGGAAUUUUUAACAAUAAAAAAUAGUGAAAAAGGCAAAAGCUUUUUAGCAAUUUCGAAACAAAUUUGUCCUGAGAAUAAUUCAGAAUACAGGAAAAGAAUGUUAUCCAGUUUGAGUAAAAUAAAUAAAAAUAAAAUUCAUUUUCAGAUAGACCAUAUUAAAAGUUUAAGCAAAAAAUAUUCAGAGAAAUUUUAUGUUCUGAAUGAUGAAAUAAUUGAAGGGCAUACAAAUUUAAUACGUAUUCUAGAGAAUAUAGUCGAAAAUAUAGAUUUACCAAAGCAAUCGACUGAAGAUGAUUUUGGUGGUUUAUUAUUCAAUACAACAAGCAGUAGUAUCUGUUCUACAUGUCAUCAAAUUAAGCGAUCAGCUAGCUAUUCAACAGGAUUUCUAGAACCGUUCGUUGAACUAAAUCACUGCUUAUGCUUUAAUUUUGUUUGUUUUAGAUGUAAUAUGUUUCAAGGAAAUAAGAAGCGUUUUGAUAAUCAUCUGAAAUAUCACCAAUUGGAAUAUCCUUUUAAAUGCCCCGAAUGUGAAAUAGAAUUUUUAUCUUCUACAAAUUUAGAAAUUCAUACGUGGACUAAAUGUUUCCAUCAAUUUGCAAAACGUUUUCUUUUUUGUACCAUAUGUGAAAUAGGUGGAUUCUGUAGCAUGGAAGCAAUAAUGAAUCAUUUCGUUGUAAUGCAUAGUAUGAAAAUAACUGCUUGUAGCUUAUGUUGUAUGGUUUUUGAAUAUGAGAAAUACUACAUAAGUCAUAUAAGAAAAAGCCACCCUGAAGUAAAAAAUUACACCAAGCCAUUAGAGCUUUUUCUUUGUCAGUUGGAUGAUAGAAUAAUACCCAUUGAAUAUUAUAACGAUCAUAUCAUGAAUCAUAAAUGCAUUGAAGAAAUUACAUUUUAUUAUUGUAAUUUAUGUUUCGAUAUGUCAAAAAAGUUUGAAACAUUAGAAUCGAUAAAAACACACAUUUAUGAAAAUCAUUUGGCUGAGUUAUCAAAUGUUAUUAGUAAAAAAUCUUUAAAUGAGAUAUUGUCAAUGGAAGAGAUUCAAGCCAUUUUUAAAAAACAAGUACAUAAUAAGUCUUUUACUAAACUAGGACCCUUAAAUGACUGUUAUACAGCAAUUUCGACAAAUGUACGCAAAGAAUAUGCUAUAGAUGACUCCAGUAAAGGAAAAAAUAGUCUAUUAACAAUUGAUAAAAAUCCACUCUCAAUACUUGCAAAAAAUAUUACUCCUUUCAUACCAAUUCUCGGUGAUAAAUUACACGGAAAAGAAUCUUUAGAUUCUUCUGAUUAUUUUUUACGAUAUAAUUCACCUACGAAAACUCAUAAUAGUGAAAAAUCUUAUUUCUCAACCUCUCAAAGUCAAUAUAGUAAACAAUUUGAUGACUGCAACAGUCAAAAUAAACCCUUCAAAGUUCAGGAACAUGUUAUAAAUUGUAUCCCGAAAUCAUCAAAUUAUUCCGAGAUAAAUAUCUUGGCAAAGCCUGGAAGUGAUGAUAUUUUAAAUAUAGCUUCAACUGAAAAUCAUCAAAAUUUAAUAAUAAAUGAUAACGAUUUUCUUACUCGAAUGAAUAAAAGAAGUAAGAAAAAUCCUAAUAUUCUACCUCAAUUUGUAAACAUGAAUAUGGAAGAUUUAAAAAAUAACGGUUCUUUAGAUUUUGAAAAAGAUAGACAGAAUCUGAGAGAUAAUAUUCAUCAAUUAAAUGAUCUGUGGAAUAAAACUAUCAUUGAACAUAGUUAUUCUGAUGAUAAGUUGAGUAUUCACACUAAAAAAAUGAAUCAGGUUGAUGUUCUGAACAAUACUUUGAACCAUGACAUAUCAAUAGAAAAUAAUACACUAGAACAAAUCAUCCAAGACGAAACUUCAGAAAGAAUCACUCUUGUUCAUGAAGAUGUGACGAACACUAUCAAUGAACAUUUGAGUGUAACAUGUUUAAAUCCAUGUUUAACGUCAGAUGUUAUGUCUAAAUCUAAUUUCAUUCACAAUGCUAAACAUAAUGAAGGUGAAGCUAUUAAAUCAAAUCAAACAGAUAAUUUACAUCAGGAUUACAAAAUCAAUAUAUUACUAAAUACAAAUUUUGAACUUACUUUUCUACCACGAACUAAAAAUCAAGAAAUUGAUAAAUCAAAUAACAGAAAUAUAAUAGAUAAUUAUGAAAAUAACUCUAAUGAAAUUGAAAAACAGAACUUUUACGAAAAUGAUUUGACAACUAUUACUAAAAGAAGUACUAUAUUGAAAGUAAGUAACGAUUACACUCAUGACAAAGAUAUAUCAUUAAAUAUAAACAGGAAUUUUGAAAGUGAUAUUGUAAAUAAUAUCACUAAUGAUAUUGACACUCAAGAAUCUAGUAAUUUAGAAAAAGGUCACGACGGUUUUAUUACAAAACAUAGUAUGAUUUUGCCAAAAGAAAAGGUAAGGAUAUUUACAAGAAAAAGUACUAACAUCUUUAGUCAAAAUAGAGAUCUUCAGAAUAAUAUUUCUAUAAAUUUGAACCGAAAAAGUUUAAAUGCCGAAUCGAAUUCAAAAGUUUUUAAUUCGCCAAACAAAAAAAUUCGUAUUAUUGGUAAUAAAAAUAUUUUAAAAUUACAGCAAUCACCAAUAACUAAUGUAAGACAACAAUCAGAAAAAGAUAUAUCUAAUUGCAUGAUACCUGAUUAUCUGUUAAAUACUAAAUGUUAUUUUAUCGAUACAAAAUCAUACGUAAUUAAUUUGUUGCCUGAUGAGCAAAAUACUUCAAACCGCAGUGAAAAUACUUCAAUGAGCUAUACAAUGAUCGACCUUAAAGCAAAAAGUUACUAUUCAAACACAUACAUAGAUAAUAUUUUUUAUGAUUCAAAGAAUAUUUAUGACUAUGCAAAAUUUGAAUUAAUGAAAUAUAGCAAGGGUACAAAAUCAAAGAAUAGACAAAAGGAAUUUUGGACCAAAAAUAAAAUUAGUGAUAGUCUAUCUUUAAAUGCUAAUCCAACUUAUUCAAUUACACUUAGUAGCUAUUCAAAUACACAAGUAAAUAAAAAUAUUGAUAAUUUAACAAGUAGAAGAUUAGAAAAUGCUGGAUAUUUAUGUAACAAAAUAAUUUUAGAACAAACAAAGCAUAGUAAAAAUUCUAUAAAAUCACCUAAAGCUAUAGAUUUUAAUGAGAAAUUGAAUGAAAAUAACUCAUCCGAAAAAAUGUAUAAUCUUUAUCUACCAAGCGAAAUGAAAGGUCAUGACAUAUUUCAAAGUGGAUUAGAAAUUCCAAAUCAAAGUAGAAAUUCAUUCGAAUUAAAGGAUGAAAUAUAUUUACCACCUAUUGAGUUAAAAAAUUUAUCAUUGGCAGAUAAUGAAAAAGUCAAUUUAUCAAAAACGUCAUUCUUACGGAGCCAUAAAUUAAAAUGGCCUAUCACUGAAAAACAAGUAAUGAAUUCUAAAAAAUUGCAACCACGAAUUUUUAAUCAACCAAAUAGCGCGAACAAAUCGCUUAUAAAAAUAAGAAAGGAUAAUGAUCCGGUGUUUCAUAAAUUAAAUGAAAAAAAUUAUAAAAAUAUAAAAAAACAAGAAACUACAGCGCAACAGGGCAAGCCUACAAACAAAAAACUUAUUAAGAAGAAACAAAAGAAUUUGAAAUUUAACGCAAACAUUAAAUCAAAAGCAACUUUAUUACAAGAUAAUAUCUUGAUUGGAAAAAAAUCGAUUAUAGAACGUUUAAAUACAAAUAAUAGCUUAAAAGUAAAAGAAAAUUUAAAAAAAUGUUGGUCUCAUUCAUCAAAUAAUGAUAAUAGACAAAGUAGUAACAAAAAAUCAAAUAAAGAACGAUUGCAUCCACAAUUAUCAUUGUCAAAUGUUUCGAAAACUCCGAGUAAAAAAAACAAAGCUAUACGUAUAAAGAUCGCUAAUAAAAAUAGAAUUGGCUUUUUUAAUAAUGAGUGUAGUACAGUAAAAUCGUGUGAAUUUAAAUGUCAUUUAUGUGGGGAUUUGAUAAACACGACUUGGGAAACUUUGAAUCAUCAUUACGGUACUAAACACUCUGAAAAUUAUGAAGUUUAUCAUGUAUAUAUAAAACUAUCUCGUAUUUUUAAACCUGAUAUGAGUGUCCAAACGCAUAUGCAGAAGAAUAAUAACAAGCGUAAAUCUAUUGAAGUAUUAAAUACAAGAUUGCAAAAAAGAAAACGUCGGAACAUUAGAUCUUUAUCGGAAAAAUCUGAUGAUACAGUUGAUCGUACUUCUGGAUUAUAUGUAAAACCAGAACCGAUUAUGGAUGACAAAGGUAAUUUUAAAUGUAAAAAAUGCGAUGAAAUAUGUACAAAUAUAACUAGUCUGAGACGGCAUAUUUAUAAUAAUCAUCGACUUUCGGAAAAAAAUCUGAUAUGUUUGGAAUGUGGUGAAAAUUUUGUUGUAUCUCCAAGUUUACAAAUGCACUUGAAAGCAUUUCAUGAAAUAGAUGAUCCAAUUAACUACAUGAAUAAAUAUCCAGAUUAUGCUCUAGAUAUAAUGAACUUUGGAAUGAGAAGUGAAGUAACAAUUAAUAAUCAAUGUCACGUUUGCAUGGCUGUUUUCAAAGACAGCUCAUGUGUUGAUAAGCACUUAAGGAUUCAUGGAAUGGCCUUCUUAAACAAGAGAAGAUUAGAAACACGAAAAGCAAAAAUGAUAAGCCAAAAAAAGGUCAAUACUUAUAAUGAACUAGAUAGAGCAUUGAAACUGAGUCAUAAUGAGCAGAGCAAUGAUUUUUCUUAAUACGAAAACUACUAAUUUGGUAUCAUAAUUUAUCCAAAUUGGCUAGGUUGCAGAUAAUUAUAGCAAUGUGUAAGUAUUCGUCUUUGUCGGAAUAAUGUAUGUAUUGUUUAGUACACGUUGUGAAAAAAAUUUUGUUUGCUU